AUGUCUGACUCAGUAAUUCUUCGCAGCGUGAAGAAAUCUGGAGAAGACAAUCAUGGUUUUGAGUCAGAUAGAUCAUAUGACAAUGAUAAGAAAUCAAAGUUAGAAGAUAAGAAGAAGAAAGGUAGCAGCAGUCAAGUUGGCUUCUUUCAAUUGUUUCGAUUUUCUUCAAAGACUGACAUUUGGCUGAUGUGUGUGGGAAGUUUAUGUGCAUUUCUCCAUGGAGUAGCCUAUCCAGGCAUGCUACUGAUUUUUGGCACAAUGACAGAUGUUUCUAUUGAGUAUGACAUGGAAUUACAAGAACUCAAGAUCCCUGGAAAAGCAUGUGUGAAUAACACGAUAGUAUGGACCAACAGCUCUCUCUACCAGGACGUGACAAAUGGAACGCGCUGUGGGUUUCUGGACAUUGAAAGUGAAAUGGUCACCUUUGCCAUUUACUAUGCUGGCAUCGCUGUCAUGGUACUUGUCACAGGAUAUAUUCAAAUAUGCUUCUGGGUAAUCGCUGCAGCUCGUCAGAUACAGAAAAUGAGAAAACUGUACUUUAGGAGAAUAAUGAGAAUGGAAAUAGGAUGGUUCGACUGCAAUUCAGUGGGAGAGCUGAAUACAAGAUUUUCUGAUGAUAUUAACAAAAUCAAUGAUGCCAUUGCCGACCAAAUGGCCAUUUUCAUUCAGCGCAUGACCACGAGCAUCUGUGGGUUCCUGCUGGGAUUUUACCGGGGUUGGAAACUGACCUUGGUUAUUAUCUCUGUCAGCCCUCUCAUUGGGAUUGCAGCAUCCAUCAUUGGUCUGAGUGUGUCCAAGUUUACAGACCAUGAAUUGAGGGCCUAUGCCAAAGCAGGGGCAGUGGCUGAUGAAGUCCUCUCAUCUAUUCCAACAGUGGCUGCUUAUGGUGGUGAGAAAAAAGAGGUUGAAAGGUAUGAGAAAAAUCUUGUGUUUGCCCAGCGUUGGGGAAUUAGAAAAGGGAUAGUGAUGGGAUUCUUUACUGGAUUCAUGUGGUGUCUCAUCUUCUUGUGUUACGCUCUGGCCUUCUGGUACGGCUCCAGACUCGUCCUGGAUGAUGGAGAAUAUACGGCAGGAACCCUUGUCCAGAUUUUCCUCAGUGUCCUAGUAGGAGCUUUAAAUCUUGGCAAUGCCUCUUCCUGUUUGGAAGCCUUUGCAGCUGGCCGUGCAGCAGCCACCAGCAUUUUUGAGACAAUGGACCGGAAACCCCUCAUUGACUGCAUGUCAGAAGAUGGUUACAAGUUGGAUCGAAUUAAGGGUGAAAUUGAAUUCCAUAAUGUGACCUUCCACUAUCCUUCCAGACCAGAGGUGAAGAUUUUAAAUAACUUAAGCAUGGUCAUUAAAUCAGGGGAAAUGACAGCUAUGGUAGGAUCCAGUGGAGCUGGGAAAAGCACGGCACUGCAGCUCAUUCAGCGAUUCUAUGACCCCAGUGAAGGCAUGGUGACCUUGGAUGGCCAUGACAUUCGCUCUCUUAACAUUCAGUGGCUUAGAGCUCAGAUUGGGAUAGUGGAGCAAGAGCCUGUUUUGUUUUCCACCACCAUUGCAGAGAAUAUUCGCUAUGGCAGAGAAGAUGCAAUGAUGGAAGAUAUAGUCCAAGCUGCCAAGGAAGCCAAUGCCUACAGCUUCAUCAUGGACCUGCCACAGCAAUUUGACACUCUUGUUGGAGAAGGAGGAGGCCAGAUGAGUGGUGGCCAGAAACAAAGACUAGCCAUUGCUAGAGCCCUUGUCCGAAACCCGAAGAUCCUACUUUUGGACAUGGCCACCUCGGCACUGGACAAUGAGAGUGAAGCCAUGGUGCAAGAGGCACUGAGUAAGGUUCAGCAUGGGCACACAAUCAUUUCUGUCGCUCAUCGCCUAUCCACGGUUAGAGCUGCAGACGUCAUUAUUGGUUUUGAACGUGGUACAGCAGUGGAAAGAGGCACCCAUGAAGAACUGUUGGAAAGGAAAGGAGUUUACUUCACUCUAAUGACUUUGCAAAGUCAAGGAGAUCAAGCCUUUAAUGAAAAAGACAUAAAGGGAAAAGAUGAAACUGAAGAUACCUUACUUGAGAGAAAUCAGACCUUUAGCAGAGGGAGCUACCAAGCUAGCUUAAGAGCUUCCAUCCGGCAACAGUCCAAGUCUCAGCUUUCUUACCUGGGACCUGAACCUCCAUUAGCACUUGCAGAUCAUAAGUCUACUUAUGAAGAGGACAGAAAGGACAAGAACAUUCCUGUGGAAGAAGAAAUUGAACCUGCCCCAGUUAGGAGGAUUCUGAAAGUUAAUGCUCCAGAAUGGCCCUACAUGCUGGUAGGGGCUGUGGGCGCAGCUGUCAAUGGGACAGUCACACCCUUCUAUUCCUUCUUGUUCAGCCGUAUUCUUGGGACUUUUUCAAUUCCUGAUAAAGAAGAACAAAGGUCACAGAUCCAUGGUGCAUGCCUGCUCUUUGUAGCAAUAGGCUGUGUAUCUUUUUGCACUCAAUUUCUGCAGGGAUAUGCUUUUGCUAAAUCCGGGGAACUCCUCACAAAAAGGCUACGUAAAUUGGGUUUCAGAGCAAUGUUAGGGCAAGAAAUUGGCUGGUUUGAUGACCUCAGAAACAGCCCUGGAGCACUGACAACAAGGCUUGCUACAGAUGCUUCUCAAGUUCAAGGGGCUGCCGGCUCUCAGAUCGGGAUGAUAGUCAAUUCCUUCACUAACAUCACCGUGGCCAUGAUCAUCGCCUUCUUCUUUAGCUGGAAGCUAAGCCUGGUUAUACUGUGCUUCUUCCCCUUCUUGGCUUUAUCGGGAGCCAUACAGACCAAAAUGUUGAUGGGAUUUGCCACUAAUGACAAGCAGGCUCUGGAGGUUGCAGGACAGAUUACAAGUGAAGCCCUCAGUAAUAUUCGCACUGUGGCUGGGAUUGGAAAGGAGAGGCAGUUUAUAGAAGUGUUUGAGGCUGAACUGGAGAAGCCAUACAAGACAGCCAUCCGCAAAGCAAAUGUUUACGGAUUCUGCUUUGGUUUUUCCCAGUGCAUUGUGUUUGUUGCUAAUUCUGCUUCCUACAGAUAUGGAGGUUACUUAAUUUCCAAUGAGGGGCUCCAUUUCAGCUAUGUGUUCAGGGUGAUCUCUUCAGUUGUAAUGAGUGCGACAGCUCUUGGGAGAGCAUCCUCUUAUACCCCAAGUUAUGCCAAAGCUAAAAUCUCAGCUGCACGCUUUUUCCAACUGCUGGACCGACAACCCACAAUCAAGGUGUAUAGUAGUGCGGGUGAAAGAUGGGACAACUUCCAGGGGCAGAUUGACUUUGUUGACUGUAAAUUUACAUAUCCUUCCCGACCUGAUAUACAAGUUCUGAAUGGUCUCUCAGUGUCUGUUGGUCCAGGGCAAACCCUGGCAUUUGUUGGAAGCAGUGGAUGUGGUAAAAGCACCAGUAUUCAGCUGCUGGAACGUUUCUAUGAUCCUAACCAAGGGAAGGUGAUGAUAGAUGGCCAUGACAGCAAAAACAUAAACGUCCAGUUUCUCCGCUCGAAGAUUGGAAUCGUUUCCCAGGAACCAGUGUUGUUUGCCUGUAGCAUAGUGGACAAUAUCAAGUAUGGAGACAACACCAAAGAAAUCCCCACCGAAAAAGUCAUAGAAGCCGCAAAGCAGGCUCAGCUGCAUGACUUUGUCAUGUCCCUUCCAGAGAAAUAUGAAACUAAUGUUGGGUCCCAGGGGUCUCAACUCUCUCGAGGGGAGAAACAACGCAUUGCUAUUGCUCGGGCCAUCAUACGAGAUCCUAAAAUCUUGCUACUAGAUGAAGCUACUUCUGCCUUAGACACAGAAAGUGAAAAGACGGUGCAGGUCGCCUUGGACAAAGCCAGAGAAGGUCGGACCUGCAUUGUCAUUGCCCAUCGUUUGUCCACCAUCCGGAACUCGGAUAUCAUUGCUGUCAUGUCACAGGGGAUGGUGAUUGAAAAGGGGACCCAUGAAGAACUGAUGGCCCAGAAAGGAGCCUACUACAAACUAGUCACCACAGGAGCCCCCAUCAGUUGA